CCUAGUAGUUACUAUGGACUUAAUGCAUACCUAUUAUUAAAAUUUGGGAUAUAAUGGUUGUAUUGAUGCAUAGCAACUUGAAAUACUCCAAAAAAAGGCUCUACAGCAUUUGGAUCAGAGCUUCAGUAAGAAAUGCAGAUUCUUUGAAACAACUUUAUUCAUGUUGGCUGCAGUCUAAAAAUAAUGUUACUGCGCUUUAUACAGAAGAAUAACAAUAACAAAAAACCCAAAGUGACUUGAGCAAGAUUUCGUCCGUUAGAGGUUCUGAAUGAUUUUUGAUUGAUUACCCAGCCAUAGCAUGCAGCAUAUUUACAGUCUGGUUUAGAAAUGCUUUUGGCCUCUAUGAAUAGUUUCCUUCUUCAUAACAGCUCUGAGAAGGCUGAUUAUUAUUAUUAUUUUUUUGGUCUUUUACUUUGUUCAUCUGGAUGAUUCUUCAGAGCUCUGUCCACAUUAAUUGACACGUCCUGACCAGGCCUCACUACUCUGAGUCAUUAAACUGGAUCAUGCAUGUGCUGUUGUUACCUGUGGGAGUGUUUUUAAAUCUAAUUUUAGGGCUUACUGUGUAAUCCAUGAUGUCCGUGCUCAAGGUUUAGUGAUGAAAUUCUAGUAUUUUGUUAGUUUUGGCUCUCAUUAGCUGUGCCUGUGUUUCACCCAUACAGUUUUGCCCCAGUGUUUGCAAAUAACUUAGGUGUCCAACUCCAGGCCUCAAGGGCCGGUGUCCUGCAGGUUUUGGAUAUCACCAUCACCGUAACUUUGUGCUGAACAUUGGCGGGGUUAAGAUCUCUGUCUAAAUAAAUAAAUAAAUCUGGGUAUAUUCCCAGAUGAUUAAACAUGAAACGAUUUUGCUGGUAAUAACUGAAAAGAGUAAAGAUAAUCAAUAACCUCUUUAUGCAAGAUAAUUCAUAAUUUUAUUGGGAGGGUUAUAUUGAUUGGGUCUGAUUAUUGGGGGGGGUGAUAACCCCCCUAACCCACCUGUAAAAUUUGCCCCUGGAUAUCACCCUGGGUCAACACACCUGAAUCAAGUGACCAGUUCAUUACCAGCCUCUGGAGAACUUCAAGACAUGUUGAGGAGGUCAUUUAACCAUUUAAAUCAGCUGUGAUGGAUCUAAAACCUGCAGGACACCGGCCCUUGAGGCCUGGAGUUCCCCGCCCCUGGUAGGGAGUAUGAUUCUCUGCAUGAGGUCCUAGGUUCAAAUCCUGGACCAGCUCUUUGUCUAUAAGUGUGUUUGUGGUAAAUGAUUUGAUUUCUGUAAACACCCCAAGCUGUACAAUAUUCAGUCGUCCUCUCAGCAAUUACUUUAUUGACAUGUUUCAUACAAGAUCAUUUCCAAGAGCUCGUUUUCAUGUGCUUGUUUUAUCUGGUUUUUGUGCUGAUUUCAGUUACAUAUAGUUAGUCAAUGAUCUGUAGUUUAAUUAGAUUUUUUUUUUUUUAAUUUGUACCUCACUCAGUUCAUUUUUAUUAUUAUUAUUUUUAAUCAGUGCAUUAUUUAACCUACUUGAAAAAGGUUUAUGGUCUAAGACUGGAUUUAAUCCACGUCAUGUUUAACUUACUCUUGAUAAAAAAACUCUACCUUAACUAAUUUGAUGGCUGCAGUUUAUCUUUAAUGUUCUCUUAAAGUAAAAAGGAAACAGUAACCCACCACUUAAAAUGUGUGUAACUUCCUUCAGUGCACGUGCUCUGUGGCUUUCUGUGUCUGGAUUCCUGCCCUGGGUAAGAGAGAUGGGGUCUGAGUCAGUCCGGGUCACGUCGAAACCCUUUAAUUUUAUGGUUGGUGGUCGUUUGGAGUGUAGUCAGGAUGAGUGGAGCACAAUAACAAUGUGUUUGGUGAACCAAAACAGUGCCCACAGCUAUCACUCUAUCAUCUAAUGACGGCUUUGGUUGAUGAUAACUGCACGAGAACCAAGCGAAACAGUAAUUAGGGGUUGAUGAAGGCAUGCACAGCCUCACCUGGUCUUCCCUGUGGUUGUAUAUAAAGUGGCCUGAGAGGACAGAGUGCAGAUGUGAGAGGACGGACGAGAUGUGAGGUGCAAACUGCUGGAAAUUGCAAAGGAUCUGUUGAAAGCAGUCUCCAUUCAUAGAAAAGCCCACUGCACUCCUGAGGACCCUGCUGCUCUCUCCAGACUCACAUUUCUCCCUCCCCACAUCUAUCUCAGCUCCCAAGUUACCCGUGAGCAUUACUCAGCAGGCUGGGAGCCUCAGGGCAGACCGACUGAAACAGCCUCUUUACUCACCGGCUAUCAUUACGCACCUCUGUAGGAAAAGAUCGACGUCCUGCGUCCACUGAAGAAGACAUGCUCAUCUGCUGCCCUCAUGGCCGUGCCGCUACAUCCACCAGCCUCUUCCACUUUGACUUGGCGUUCCUGCUGGCUCUAGCUGUGCUGCUCUGCCAGGUGACUGGUCAGGUGGAGAGUCAGACGCAGUCACCUGCCCAGGUGCUACAGGACUUUCUGUCCCGCUAUGGGGACAACAGCACCAUCACGGUCCCUCAGCUGCGAUCUCUGUUAGCAGCCCUCAGCCAGGGCCAGAGUGAAAGCGACAGCACAGCUGAAACACCAACAACCACACCUCCCCAGUUCAACAGCUCCAAGUGCUUGCCUGCAGACACACUGGCCAUUUACAGCAUGAGCGAGGAGUCGCGGCUGGAUGGCCGGGGUUUUCAGGAGCUGUGCCCCACCAUGCUGCAGCAGCUGGAUGCUGGCAGCUGCAGGGCACAUAAAGGGGAGGAGCAAAGCAGCGACAACUACCCCAGGCCCUCCGACGCUGAAGUUUGGGGCUAUGGGAUCCUAUGCGUGACACUGAUCUCUCUGUGCUCGCUGGUCGGGGCGUGCGUCGUGCCCUUCAUGAAGAAAACCUUUUACAAGCGACUGCUGCUCUACUUCAUAGCCCUGGCCAUUGGCACUCUCUACUCCAACGCCCUGUUUCAGCUCAUCCCAGAGGCCUUUGGAUUUGACCCAAUGGUCGAUUUCUACGUGUCCAAGUCCGCCGUGGUGUUCGGAGGCUUUUACCUCUUCUUCUUCACUGAAAAAGUUCUCAAAGUGCUCCUAAAGCAAAAAAACGGGGUGAGUGUAUACCAAGAGGUUUGGGGCUAUGGGAUCCUAUGCGUGACACUGAUCUCUCUGUGCUCGCUGGUCGGGGCGUGCGUCGUGCCCUUCAUGAAGAAAACCUUUUACAAGCGACUGCUGCUCUACUUCAUAGCCCUGGCCAUUGGCACUCUCUACUCCAACGCCCUGUUUCAGCUCAUCCCAGAGGCCUUUGGAUUUGACCCAAUGGUCGAUUUCUACGUGUCCAAGUCCGCCGUGGUGUUCGGAGGCUUUUACCUCUUCUUCUUCACUGAAAAAGUUCUCAAAGUGCUCCUAAAGCAAAAAAACGGGAGCCACGGCCACAGCCACUACCCCGGUGCAGAUCAUUACUCAACCCCUGACAGGGAUUUGGAGGAGGGGGAGAUCAACCAAUUCAGCAGCCUGGCUCUGGGCAAAGUGGACGCAGGGGAGGGCGAGCUCAUGCUCAGCCCUGCACAGACUCCACAGGACUCUCAGAGUCCAGACAGCGGUGGCCGGUCAGGCACCAGUGGUGGCGGCUGCUAUUGGCUGAAGGGGACAACCUACUCUGAUAUCGGCACGCUGGCCUGGAUGAUCACACUGAGCGACGGCCUGCACAACUUUAUUGACGGCUUGGCCAUCGGGGCCUCGUUCACCGCCUCUGUUUUCCAGGGCAUCAGCACCUCGGUGGCGAUCCUGUGCGAGGAGUUCCCCCAUGAGCUGGGAGACUUUGUGAUCCUGCUGAACGCCGGCAUGAGCAUACAGCAGGCUCUCUUCUUUAACUUCCUGUCGGCCUGCUGCUGCUACCUGGGCAUGGGCUUUGGCAUCCUGGCCGGUAACAGCUUCUCUCCCAACUGGAUCUUCGCCCUGGCAGGAGGAAUGUUCCUCUACAUCGCUCUGGCAGACAUGUUUCCAGAGAUGAACGAGGUGAGUCGUGAGGAAGAGGAUGCAGGCGGCAGCAGCUUCCUCCUCACCUUUGGCAUCCAGAACGCCGGCCUGCUGACGGGCUUCUCCAUCAUGGUCCUCCUGACGACGUACUCUGGACAGAUACAGCUGGGCUAGCAGCAGACUCCUCCAGGAUCACCAUCAGCUGCUGUCGGAGCCCAAACAAAGAGAGGCUGGCUCAAAGUUUCUCCUCUAUUUUUUUCCUCCUGUUCUCAUUUUUCGGGUUCUGGACUUUGGGGAUUUUGGUUGUGCGGCAGGUACGCCCAAUCGUCGUUUGAAGUUAUACGAGAAGCUGCUUUAGUGCAGUUCCUGCAUGCAGAGGGUUCAAGGUCGAGGGUUUGACGGCCCUGUCUCCUCAGCGUUUCAAUCCUUUCUGCACAGCUGCCCUGAAAACGUCCUGAAACAUCAACUGAAGCAGUCGCAAAAGACGGCUAUACUUGAUGUGCAAUACCCUCACCCAGUCUCUCAGAUGUUCCCCUUUUCGUCAGACUGCUCUCCAGGCGUCUUUCCUCAACCUUCAUCCUCAUCAUCCAUCCUGGUUGAUGCCAUUGAGCCUCCACUCAGGCCAGUUGAGAUUCCUAGCGAGUGUUUAUAUCAUGAAUCCUCUGUGAAAAGCACAAUCAGGUAACAGCAGCUGUACUCCAAACAUCUCUGAUUCCCAGGCACUACACGUCCCCUUUUUUUUUUUUCUUUUUCUCCAUUCCAUACCAAAAAGCAAAUGUUAAAACAUUUAAACUGGAAUUAUUCCGACUUCCAGCUGGACUUUGUUGUCUGUGAGUUGAUUUUAUAUUUUUUUACACAUGAAUACUGACUUUUAAAGACCAAAUAUGGGCAGACCAUUGAGAAUGGUGAAGGGCUACGCAGUGAUGUUUGGAAGCGCACGUGUCAGCCAGCCAGCCGGUAACUCCCAAAGACUCCGGGGUCAGACACGGAAAAGGGACUAAGUGGCUCCAUCCAGAUCACGGCGGCAGCAGUUCUCUGUAGUUUACCAUCUGUGCCCUUCAUUAGAAUAGCAAGUGAAAAGUUUUAGCUUUUUUAUUCCUUCUGAUCUUGAAUUCCGAGUGCAGAUCUGCAGUUUUCACAUAUCCCAUAGACUAUUUUUCCCAGAUUAUCUAUUCUUUUACGGUGUCAUUGUAACAGAAUACUGUAAGGUGGAUCAUACUGUAUAAUCACGCACACGUCACCUCGCCUGUGACCUUAUCCGUGUUAGCGAUUCAGAAUUAAGAACUACAGCCAAAAGUAUGUGGACAGACUCGAUGCCUCUUUUUGUCACCGGGCAGUUUUUAAAGGGGUUUUUGGCCAUUUUAACCAUGGAAACAGUCUGCUCUGCAUUUUUAACUCAAUCCCACUAAGGGGAAUCAAAUGACAUGAUUACGAUAUUUUUAACUCAGAAAGAAAAUGCAGAUGCUGAAAUGAAAGUUUCUUUCUUAUCAUGUUAGUUGGUCAAAAAUCAAAUAUCAGCUGAAACUCAAACAAGGAUGGACUUUCUUUUCUUUUUUUACUUUGUGUGUUUCUUUUCUCAUUUUUAGGUUUUUCAUUAAGAAGAACUUUCCUUAUUUUCUCUUUAAUGUGGCUCAAGUUGCCUAAAACCCUGUGAGCCAAAAGCUCUUAAACACUUUUUUUUACUUAAAGGGAGCUAAAACAGUUUAUUUACCUUUAUCUUAAUGAAAUAUUAGUUAAUUUGAUCUGUGAACCUUGCACAGCAACUCUAGAGAUCAAGACUUAAACUGCAUUUGGACAUCAGCCCAACAGAUCUUCUUUAAAUGCUGAGAAUUACUCGUUUUACCCAUUUAGUAGCAUUUUGCAGACGAAUAGAAAAGCUACUGCCAGCGCUGUGCAGAGGAGCUGUGUUAGCGAUGGAUCUCGUGUGUGCAAAUGUCCAUCCAGUUUGAUGGACACAACUACAAAACUAGAAGAGCAGAGGCUGUUGUUAGGGGCAUUGGGUUUGGGUGUCCACAUACAUUUGGCCAUGAUGCUGUAAAAAAAAAAAAAAAGGUUUAUGAUGUAAAGGGUUAAUAGUUUAUUGGAGGGGAGGGGGGGGCAGCUGUUGUGCUCUACAGCAGUGUAAGAUUGUCGGGUUGCUUUCUGUGUUUGUCUUACAGGUGGAUUAAAAAGAUUUCCCCUCAUCUGAACACUGACACUUCAACAGAGCUGACGUGAUCCAUUAUGUAGCAUCUUUACAUACUUUUCCUAAUGUGAGUGUAGAUUCGAGCUGUAGAAUAUUAUUUAUUAGAGCUCGAAGCUGAAACCCGUGAUGGGUUUACAAUAAAGAUGAAAUUGUAGUUCCAGGAAGGAGAAGGCAAGCCAUUACAAAGAGUACCCUGAGUGGUACAGCGAGUAUUACUGCUGCUUGAUACGUCAUGUAACAGAUUAUUUAUUGUUGCUUAAGCCAUAAAAUAUUUAUUUUAUGCUUUACAUCUAAGAUCAAGUGUUGUGCUUAGUUUCACACCAUGAGUCCAGACGGAGUUUAGUUUUUAUUUAGAAUAAACGGGUCAGAUACAAGCUAAACCCUGAAGCCAGUGGGUUUACAGCACACACAGACUGAUAACAUAUCCACUCAGUCAAUGCAGAUAAUACAUUCAGAGACCAGGAGAGGUUCUUUGGAGCAGAAACAGGAACAUUACCGACCAAAAACCAGACGCAGAACACAGAGAAGAACACUUUAUCGGGAAGUUUAUAAACGCAGCAGAAAGAUUACGGUGAGGAGGUUGUAUUGGGGGUCAGGUUGCUCAUGGGAGCAGGAGGGUGGGAUUUCUAAUAAAACUAAGGAAGCCAAAAUAGGAGAGAUAAAUGAUAAGAAUUCAGCUAAUUGUGAAUGUGUGUUGGGGCUCGGUCAGGGGCUGUAAGCAGGAAAAAGCAGGGAAUUAUAGAAUUUAAUAACAGAAAAUACUGAUAUGUUCAAAUUAGAGCUGCAGCAUAGUGAUGGAGAAGACAAGAAAGCAAGAGGGAGAGACAAAUCUAUGAGGAGCUGACCCUCGAACCAACCAACCGACUGACAGAGGAUGGGCUUUCUGGCCAUUUUAAUAUUUACAGCGCUCUCGCAGACUUGUAAAGGAUCAUUUUGAAAAGUAUUGUAUCUAAUUUCAUGUAUGAGAAUCCUCGUUAGCCUUCUGUGUGUGUCAUGGAGAUUGUUUUUAUAUAUAAAUUUCAUUUUUCAAGAAA